AUGGGUAUCUUAGAGAGAAUAAAAGAAAUUGAAGCCGAGAUGGCACGGACUCAGAAGAAUAAGGCUACAGGUAUUUCUUACUCCCUUCUUCAACAAUUUUUUUAUGACGAUAUGAAGAACAGUAUAAGCAGUAAAAUACAGAAUGAUCAUAAAAUAGAUGAAAACUCCACGAAAGGUUUUACUUAGUUUGAGAAUAUUUGAAAGUUUGCUAAAAUCUCUUACUAUUGAAGAAGGGUAGCCUAGUGUGUAAGCACAGCACCCACUGCUCCCCUUUAAUUGUGUACCUAGGAAGUUCUUUUUGGGGCGAGUAUUCCAGUUCCUCCAUAAUCACACUGAAUGCCCAGCUUUGCACUUUUCCAAACUGUUACCUGGUGGCAUAGUCUGUGGAAACAUUUCCUUCUUGAUAAAUUUGGGUCCCAGGGGCAUUGAUGAUUCCAUGCGCACAAAGUCUUUGAACUUCGGGCAUCUUGGCUCGUUGAAUCUGAAUUGUGCUAAAAACAACCUUCCAAAACGCCUGAAUAGUGUGAUUCUCAAUAUUAGGCUAAAAAUUCGAAUUCCGCCAAUGUAGGGAGUCCUAAUCCGUCAUUUUCCAUUAGAAAAUUUCGAUUUUGGAAGGAAGUUGUUUUCUGUUAGAAAUUCUUCCAAAAUAGGGGUAAAGCUCUUUCCGAAAUGGAAUUGCCUACCAUCACUAGUUUAAAAUACAUGUUCGGGCUUGUAAAAUUAUUAAUGGAAGGCUACCUUUGGAACCAUAUGUCCUAAAUUUUAGGUCCUCUUUGAUUGCCCCUUUUGAGAAUCUACAGAAUGAGACGGCAUUUAGAUUCAGCUGCUUAAAGAUUAUUUCUUCAAUUGAGAGACGAUUUUAAUAAGAAUUAAUGCGGGACCGUCAAUCCAUUCCCAAGGCAUCCAAAGAACUAUCCAUCCCAGCUGGCCACCAUCAUCCAGAAAGUUGAGCCUUAUCCGAUGUGCUAAUUCUAAACAUACACGUUAUUUCUAUUUUGUUCUUCAAACACCAUCCAAUGUAACAGAUGCAGUCCUUUUGUGUCUGUGAUAUCCCCAUUCCAAAAAAUUGCUUCUAAUGGCUUCAAUUUAACAUAUUAGUUUUUUUGUUCCAAAAAAUUGCAGCCCCUUUUUUUUUUUUAACUAUUGAUAGGGUUGUAUUAGAUAUUUAUCAUGGCAGAAAGAAAGUUGGUCUUUGAUCCAUCCUACUCGGAAUCAUAUUUCUGGACUAUGUUCGUUCUGUAUAUUUUUGAAGGAGAAAGGGAACUCUAAUAAUUUGAUGGGUUGGGCGUAUCCAAAAAUUACCAUUUAGGAAACGUUUUCAGCUUUGAAUGUCCACAAAAAGAGAUUUUCUCAAAUGGCCAAUUUUUUUACCAGUAAUACUUGCUAUCAACAGUCAAAAUUGGGGAUGCACUUAGCACUAUUGUUUGAUCUGUUCAAGUAAUAUGUGUGAUUCUGGAGCCAUCAUGAUCACUUGAAUCAUAGGCUUCUGGAAUUGACCCGAGAUUUGGUGAUCUUCGCUGCAAGUUUAACCCACCCCUUCCUUUUAAAUCAUAACGUUUCUGUAUAUACUUGCGUUGUCAAGCACCUGCUUUCAUUGGUUUCUUUUUAGAUUGUUUAUUUAUCAGGAGGAAAUAGAUCCUGGUCCAGAUGGUGAGCCUUGUCAUUUGAGUAUAUUACAAUCCCAUCCUAAAUUUUCAGCUUUACAAAAAAAAUUGUUGUGAAUGGAUUUCAUCUUGUUGUGAAUUGAAAAAAUCCUGCUUUCAUUCAAUCUGUAGAGUAUCAUCUUGGGCAACUGAAGGCAAAACUGGCAAAGUUGAGAACACAGUUACUAGAACCUCCAAAGGUAUGAAUAUCAUGUCCUUUCUCCUUGGCUGGAGAAGAUCUGAAACAAGUUAUCAACUACGCAUGCAGAAUGAUGAAUAUUCAUGUAUUAAGUGCUUAUGAGGAACAUGAAAAUGAAAAUCUGAUAUGGUGGCUAUAGGGAUGCCAUCUCUUAACAGUAGGCCUGAUGUCCCGCAUCUCAGUAUUCAACCGUAGAUCUACAGUAUCUGCAUCAACAUGCUCAUUAACAUUACAUGUCCUUUUUUAAAGUAAAAGCCUAUAUUUAUAUUGCAAGUUUGCAAUUAUGUCCUCCUUACCGAAGCACCAUUUAUUCUCUUGCAUUGCUGUUGAUUGUCUGACUGCUCUGCAUCAUUUUCCCAAAAAAAAAAUAAUGUUUGUGGUAUGAAUAAUCCUCCGUCUUACAAUUGUCUUCCUGAAAAAUCAUUUCCUUUUUCCAGUCCACUAGGAAGUAAAUUUACGAUGAGAGCUGGAUUGACCUAAUGAGUUUCAUUCCCCAGUGGCACUUUUGGGAGCAAGGUGUAGCUGCCAUGAAUUUAUCUUAUGGUGUGUUAGUUAUUCAUGGACCCACAUCGAAUAUCCUAAAAUAUAUACUAUGGUCUGUCGCUGUGAAACGUCAGAUGACAAUUCACUGAAAUGACAAUGAUGAAAGAAAAUUUCUAGUUAGGAGCAUUUGUUGAUUUUUAUGCAUGGAUGCUCAUUCAGGAAUUUUUUUUACGCUUUAUGGACGACCAUGCUCUUAAUAUUUUUUGUCAUGAUCUUUUUAUCAUUUCAUUGGAUCUUAUGGACUUUUCCGUUGCUUGUGCUUUCAUGGAUUGGUUGUGGCAAUUGCCACACUGGUAUCAAUAUCAUUUUCAUCAUAAUAACUUUAUGUUCUACAAGUUUCUUAUCGAGGGGUUGUUAAUUUUAAUUUUUUUCAUGCAUUCUUGUUUACUAACAAAAAAUCGGUCAAUUAGGGAUCCAGUGGAGCUGGGGAUGGCUUCGAAGUUACAAAAUUUGGUCAUGGUCGUGUUGCGCUGAUCGGAUUUCCCAGGUUUGCCUUGUCUUGCCUUUGAUAAUGCUCCAAAGAUUUUCUCUCCCUACCUUUAUGGCGAAAUAGUUUUCCUGAUUGGUGGACAACAAUGGAGGACGUGUCUUGUUUAGGCCAUAUGAAUAAGGAAAUUUUGGUAUCUUUGCACAUUUUUUUCCCGUUUAGAGAGUUCUUUUUACUUCUUUUUUAUAAUUACGAAUGUAGUAUUAUGACAGAAUCUAUGUAGUAUUUAUGCACAUAUUAUGCCCCCAUCUAUUUUGGUUAUGAUUUUUGAAUGCUUUUGGAGUAGUAUGUUGUUUUUCAGAUAUUGUCUGCUCAUGGUGUAAUAAAAUUAGAGUUUUCAAGAUUCUCAGCUUUUUAUUGAGAAGCCAUGGGAUUUUGUGGGGAAGACUUUAACAACGAUCAUGGUGGUAAAGAAAACUUCAUUUACGUUAGCAAGAAACAUAAUAAUCGAAAUAUCUUAUCCAGAGUUUGUUACCCCAGGGUUACAAAACAUGAAUUCACACUAAAUACACACCUAUGAGGGAAAAAGGCUUUUCAAAAGAACCUUCACGCCUUGAAGUUUACGUUAAACCCACAAACCAUAGUUUUAGCCCAUGACUCAACCUGUUGCAGGUAUUAUGUCUUAAUAGAUGGGCAUCUUGGAGGUUACAUCUUGAAGACAAAUUUUAGGAUCAGUACAUCCAGGAUUUACUUUACUUCUUUGUCGGAGUUGGAUAUUUCCUUUUUGCGAAAAUUUCAUUUCUUUAUUUCCUUAAGUCGUAUGACUCCAGUUCAUUAAAUGUGUGCAAACUUAUCUGCUUUGGCUUUUUAGAGAUUUCAUAUAGAUUAUACCCCGAAUGGUAAUGAUCAAUAUUGCCAAAUGGGCGAACUUGAACAAGGAAGAAAAAAGAAACAAAAAGGAGAUACGUUGGCAUAGUAUAUCAAAUGGGCAGAGUUUGCUCUCGUGAAUCAGUAACGUCUAAUUGGCAGAUGAAACACCAUUGUCAACAAAACUGCUCUUUCUUUAUUGUUCUACUCCAUUGGACCAAAUUCUCCAGAUUCAACAAAAUUGCUGUCUUUAGUAUUCUGGUGUUGAAGGCACGUGUCUCAUCUAGAAGAUAAUUCAGGAACUUUUGAUUGUCAAAUGUCCUAACCAUCUGUAUGCAUCGGAGAUUGUUUUCAACCUCAUAAACCAUUGUGUACCUUAGUGUAGAAGAUUAAUGUUGACUUGAAAGUUGCAGACGCCAGUCAUCCUCUUUUAUUCUUCUUUACUGAAUAAUAUAUGAAGCGUUAAUCUUUCCGUUUCUCUUCCUACCGCUUUUAAGCUACCAUUACUUUUGAUGUUUGGGGCCAGUCAUUAAGCGCGGUUUCCAAGCUUUGAACUAUGCUACGAAUUAUGAAAUUUGAACUGCACUGUACCAUGAUGAAUGAUUGACUUUUUUUAAUUGAUGAUAGCGUGGGAAAAUCAACACUUUUAACAAUGUUAACGGGAACACAUUCUGAAGCUGCAUCAUACGAGUUUACCACGCUCACAUGCAUCCCUGGUAUCAUUCAAUACAAUGAUACUAAAAUUCAGCUUCUCGAUCUUCCCGGAAUCAUUGAGGGGGCUUCAGAGGGCAAGGGACGUGGUAGGCAGGUAGCUAACCUUCUAUAUCUCAUCAUUCUUUGCUGUUUAUGAUUAGUUUUGAAGUUGUUGUUACUUGAAAAACUCGUAAUGACUGCGGUUAUAUAUUGCUCUUAGGUUAUUGCUGUAGCCAAAUCUUCAGACAUCGUGCUAAUGGUUCUUGAUGCCUCAAAGGUAUGUUAUUCAAUUAAGGUUUCUUGGAUAUAUUUUAUGUCAAUAUACUCAAGUUUUUGGUUAUAUUUUCUGUCAAUAUGAGAGGAAUGUCCUUUUCUUGAAUUUACAUAAGACUCACCGUCAGAUAUUAUUGCUUCAUGUUUUUUAUUUUAUUUCAUAUUCGAUGCUAUUAUCAUCAAUAUGAAUUGCAACGAGAUACAUUCUCUGCAGAAACUUCUCUUCAAAGCAAUGUACUUCCAUUUUCUUUUGUGGAACCAACUUUUCAAAAUUCUGUCUACUUUUUCUUUGUUUAUUUCUACUAUUAUUUUAUCUGACAUGAGUAUGGUGCACCAUCAUGUGAUAAUAUCAGAGUGAGGGUCAUCGUCAAAUAUUAACAAAGGAGCUAGAAGCCGUUGGUCUUCGGCUUAACAAGAGGCCUCCUCAAGUAAGUUUCAUUACUUGUUUCCAUGCUUGUAUGUUAGGCUAGUUUUUUAUGCUCCCUUCCUCAUGUCAAGAUUCGAUAUAAUCGAGCCAUUUCGUUGGUCACAUUUUGUCUUAUAGCUUAUAGUCGACAUAAUUCAGGAGGGAUCUUAGUAAAGAAUUGUUUUGAUCAUAGAACUUCAUCCGUUACCUUGUGUCCAGGUUGAAAAUAGUCUCUAUUUUUUUCCCUUAAAACUCCCUGAUUUUACAAUCCGCUAUGUGGACCACCCAUGGUGUUUGGUGACUUGAUUUCAUUUGAAAAUCUGAAAGUUCUACUGUUCACGUGGCACUGCUGCUCUGUGUUGAUAUUCAGUUCCCCUAGAAGAUGAGAAAAGAAGAAAAGUUAUUCGAACACCACUCCUGUAAUUACGUUUAAUUGAACUGGAGAACUUUCUUGUUGCUGAAAAAUCGACAUGUGGACAAUGUUCCAAUCAUGGAAGCAGCGGUGAUCAUGAUAAAAUAAAUAUGUGUUGAUUUCAAUUUCAUUGUCAAUGGCUUAGUUAUACUGCACAAAUAUUAUUUUAUUUCUUCUGCUGUAAAAAUGCUGUUGUAUGUCGUGAUGGUUGAUGGUUGAUCGUUGAUCGUUGAAGUGAAUCUCCACUCAUGGGAAGGGGAAACUCGGAGCUGUUAACACCUUCAUCCGAUGAUUCUUUCAGAUAUAUUUCAAGAAGAAAAAGACGGGGGGUAUUUCCUUCAACAGUACCCUUACAUUGACCCAUGUUGAUGAGAAGCUUUGCUAUCAAAUUCUACAUGAAUACAAGAUACACAAUGCAGAGGUAUCUUCAUUGGAAUUUUUGGAAUUUUUAUGUUCACCAUAAUUUUAUAAGUUGCUAGCAGAAGCUUUACUGUGUCUUGAUCCUUCUCUCUGGAUUUUCUGUCGAUGUAAUGCAUAGACCAUUCUCGGCCUAAACAGCUAUGCAUAGACUUUUCCUUUUUUUUAUUUCCUGUACAUCGAACAGAAGUAGAUAACUUUCAUUCAAGGACAGAUGCUUACUUUAUUUGAUAUGGAUAUUAUAUAUAUAUAGAUCGUCCAUUCCUAUUCUAGUAUUUUUUUUCUUCAUAUAUUUUGUUUCAUUGCAGGUACUAUUUAGAGAAGAUGCUACUGUUGAUGAUCUUAUUGAUGUCAUCGAGGGGAACCGCAAAUACAUGAAGUGCAUUUAUGUCUAUAAUAAGAUUGAUGUCAUCGGUAUCGAUGAUGUGGACAGACUAGCUCGGCAACCAAAUUCAGUUGUUAUCAGCUGCAAUUUGAAGGCAGGUUUCGUCACUCAUCAUUCAGAACAAGUCUCAUCUAUUACCCACCUUCUGCUUACACUGAAAACAAUGAAACAAAGCACUCAUUUCCUCCUUUCUCUCUCUGGGCACUGUAGAGGAUUGAACUGGUUCAUUGAUGCCUUGAUGCAGCUUAACUUGGACAGACUUCUGUCAAAGAUGUGGGAGGAGAUGGGCCUUGUUAGAGUCUACACAAAGCCGCAGGGCCAACAACCCGAUUUCUCAGAUCCUGUGGUUCUUUCGACUGUGAGAUAUAUAUACAUCCUGUUGUUGUGCUUCUUCUUUACACCGAUCUUGACACUGCUCCUAUUAUUUGGCCGAUGAAUAAUAAAUACCCUUUGGUAUGUAACUGCAGGACAGAGGAGGAUGCACAGUUGAGGACUUCUGUAAUCACAUACACAGGAGCCUGUUGAAGGACGUGAAGUAUGUUCUGGCAUGGGGAACCAGCGCAAAGCACUACCCCCAGCGCUGUGGGCUCUCCCAUGCUCUCAACGAUGAGGACGUCGUCCAGAUAGUAAAGAAGAAGGUGUGUGAACCCUGGUUCCACUUAGCCCCAAAGUUUCAUUACUAAACACGGAAACCAAAGUCUCAGCCCCCCCCACCCACUCUGAUCCAGCUGCUGAAAAUAUCAGGAGCCUAGCCUAGUCUAACCCCUCUGUGCCAUCUGAUAUGAGCUGAUUCAGCCCGGCCCAUAUGGGUUUGGGGGAGUGGGUGGGUACUUGAUCUCACCAUGGUGGAGGUUGUAAUCCCAAUUCUUUUUGGCUUUGCUGCAGGAAAAGGAAGAAGGGGGGAGAGGCCGCUUCAAGUCUCAUUCCAAUGCCCCCUCUCGGAUAUCUGACAGAGAGAAGAAGGCGCCGCUCAAGACAUAA